AUGGCUACAGUUGUGGUCCAACAACAACCCCAAGUUCGCCAGUCGACUCCUCCACCCCUCGGUCCGACCAUUUCAUUGAAUCAAGCUCGAUCCUCGACACCCAUCCCCAACAAACACAUACCUUACUGCCCACCAGGACCGGUGCCCUCACAAACGCAACUCACUCCUCCCAACUCUCCUCCUCUACGAAACGUCGCCCCCAAACCCACCUCGCUCCUGCAUCCCCCAAGCAACUACCAGAGGCUGUGCAAUUCCCCGCCGAUAUAUGGCAUCUCGGCCAAACAGCUAGCCGAAGCCCUCGAACACUACUCGCGUCAGCCCCUUCCACACCCGUCGUCAGUCUUUCCAUGGCUCCACGGGCUCCAUCCCGAUAACCAUAUUCAGUUAGCCUUCUUUGUCGCAAGGAAGAAGUCGCUGCGAAGAAUACCAAAAUGCUUGCGAGGGAUAACCAUCAUCAAGGCCGGCGGUGACCUGAGUCGCUCGAGGAUCAAAGGUGCCCUUGCCCCAGAUGAAGUCCUUAACCUGUCAGAGAGCAAUGGUCACGGCUUUGUGGAGUGUGAUCCUCGAGAGGGCUUCUCGGUGCGCAAUUUCCAUAUACAAGCGGCCAAGAUGGCACUGGUGUCCGAUGUCAUCGUGUAUGGCGACGAAGAUACAGACCACCGUAUCAUCAAGUCUGUGGCGGAGAGAACAGCCUCCGUGCAGAAGAAAUGGCGGAGGGAGCUAGAAAACACCGGCCAAUGUCCAGAAACUUUCAACACCUUCGUGUUGACGCAGUCCUUUGAGGACUUUGAGCAGUCAUAUCCGGAACUGGUGGCCGUCGACUCCCAAGGCAGAUAUCAGGACCAUAACCUUGACUUCCUCCAACAAGAAAGGCGAGAAAUGUGCGCCAUGUCCAAGGCUUCGGAAAUCUCGAAUGCUGUUUUCCAAGGCCCGUCACCAGGGCCCUACACUGACCCGCCAUCAAGCCUCGACGACCCGAGCUAUGAUCUUUAUGUCGAAGCUAGCGAUCACGCUUCACUUCCUGACGACAAACUUCUGGCUGCGAAAUUGAAACAGCUUGAAGAACGCGAGGAAGAUGACGAUCCUGUCCAUCUGACUUUCCCUAGCUCGGGAAGUAUUCUACCGCCAUCAUGGUCGCAAGUGGAGGUCGACGGCAUCCUGCGUAUGUGUCGAUGGCUAUACAACCUCACCCACACCAUGAAACCUGUCAGCAAAUGCAAAGACGAGGACGGCGACAUUCAGAUGACUGAAUUUGCACCUCGGCGCCGUCGGGUCCUGUUGCACUGUGCAGAUGGGUACACCGAAACUUCGAUGCUCGCCGUCGCGUAUUUCAUGUACGCUGAGGGUGUUCCCUUGCACGAGGCGUGGAUACGCUUGCACUGUGAGAAGCAGCGCAAUUUCUUCGCCUAUCCUUCAGAUGUCUCCCUGUUGAACGCCAUUCAAGGCCGCAUUCUGACAGAGUCUCCAAAUUUCGAUUCCUCAAAACUAGCCUCCAUAGAAGCCCCGGCCUGGCUGGCCAAACUCGACGGUAGCCUGCCAAGUCGCAUUCUCCCGUACAUGUACCUAGGGAAUCUGACCCACGCGAACAACCCCCAAAUGCUCAAGCUAUUGGGCAUCCGGCGGAUUUUGAGCGUCGGUGAGCCCGUCUCCUGGACGGAGCAGGAAGUCAACGACUGGGGACGAGAAAACCUGAUGAUGGUGGAUCGCGUGCAGGAUAACGGGAUCGAUGAGUUGGCGUUGGAGAUGGAAAGAUGUCUAGAAUUCAUUGAACGAGGAAAGCAGGAUGGCACAGCGACCCUAGUCCACUGCCGUGUUGGCGUCUCUCGCUCCGCAACCAUUUGCAUUGCCGAAGUCAUGGCAAGUCAGGGGCUGAGUUUCCCCCGUGCAUACUGCUUUGUUCGCGCCCGCCGCCUCAACGUCAUCAUCCAACCGCACCUCCGCUUCGUCUACGAAUUGAUGAAGUGGGACGAAUUGCAGCAAGAGAAACGCGGCGUGAUCGUCAAGCGGGAACUUGAGUGGGCGACCGUGGCAAGGGAGAUUGCUGCAAUGAACCGGCCUUACGCACGGUCAUGA